AUGCUAUUGGCUGUCCUAGCAUCGGCUAGCCUUUCAUUGGCCGUAAAGACGUCCAGUCAGCUUAUUUCGCUUCAUGAGGAAAACUGGAUAGAGAUAAUGAAGGGCGAAUGGAUGGUUGAAUUCCACGCUCCAUGGUGUCCGGCUUGCAAGGAUUUGCAGAAAGCAUGGAAUGCCUUUGCCGAUUGGUCGAAAGAUCUUAACAUCAAAGUUGGAGAGGUCGACGUAACUGUUAACCCUGGUCUCUCUGGUCGCUUCCUUGUCACAGCCUUGCCCACAAUCUAUCACGUGAAAGACGGCGUUUUCCGCGUCUACUCGGGCCCAAGAGACAAGAAUGACUUCAUUACUUUCAUUGAAGACAAGAGAUGGCGCAAUAUCGACCCUGUUCCUGAUUACAAACAUCCUAAUAGCAAGCAAAUGGCUGUUGUUGCCGUAUUCUUCAAGCUGUCCAUGGCAGUUCGUGAUCUACACAACCAUCUUGUAGAGGACAAAGGCAUACCAUCGUGGGCAUCGUACUCUCUGUUUGCCGGUGUCACCCUUGCUCUUGGUUGCAUCCUUGGCUUUUUCAUUGUUCUCAUUAUUGAUCAAGUGUUCCCUACCGGAAAGAAAAGUGCUGUCCAACCAAAAAAGGACACAAAGAAGGACUCAAAUGGUGGAACGAAGAAAGGUUGUGUAAAAUUCUCGUCACACUUACGUCAUAUUAUGAGUUGCAGUGGAUUCAGUGUACUUUGA